CGUGCCAUGAGGACCCUGUGGAUGGCGCUGUGCGCGCUGGCGCGGCUGUGGCCCGGGGCCCUGGCCGGUUGCGCCGACGCGGGGCGCUGCUGCCCCGGCCGGGACCCCGCCUGCUUUGCCCACGGCUGGCGGCAGGACAGGGUCUACGGGACGUGCUUCUGCGACCAAGCCUGCCGCCUCACCGGGGACUGCUGCUUCGACUACGCCAGGGCGUGCCCAGCUCGCCCGUGCAUCGUGGGGGAGUGGAGCCCCUGGAGCGGUUGUGCGGACCAGUGCCGGCCCACGGCCCGCGUGCGGAGGCGCGCGGUACGGCAGGAGCCCCGGAACGGCGGCGAGCCCUGCCCGGCCCUGGAGGAGAGAGCCGGCUGCUUGGAGUACGCGACGCACCAGGGCCAGGACUGCGGGCACGCCUACGUCCCUGCCUUUAUAACUACCUCUGCGUUCAACAAGGAGCGAACAAGACAAGCGGCCUCCCCGCAGUGGUCCACAGACACAGAGGAUGCUGGGUACUGUAUGGAGUUCAAGACAGAGUCAUUGACUCACCACUGCGCCACGGAAAACCGGCCCCUAACCCGAUGGAUGCAGUACCUGCGAGAGGGCUACACGGUGUGUGUGGACUGUCAGCCUCCAGCUAUGGACUCUGCGAGCCUUCGAUGCUCUGGAGACGGCCUGGACUCUGACAGAAAUCAGACCCUCCAUUGGCAAGCAAUUGGCAAUCCUCGAUGUCAAGGAACUUGGAAAAAAGUUCGGCGAGUAGAACAAUGUUCCUGUCCAGCUGUUCAUAGUUUUAUUUUUAUAUAGAUCGUGAUAUAAGCGUUUCAGAAUGUGUUUGUAAACAUGCUAAGUACUAGCAAGCCAUGCUCAACGCUUCAUAAUUCUUUAAAAGCUCUUUGGCCAAAGUUCCUGAAUAUAUGUCAUUGCCACACUCUGAAGUAGAGAAAGGAAAUUUGCGGGCCAGUUCUCAAGAAACACAGUGCCUUUAUUUUCAUUUUUACUACGUUGAGGACCCACCCUAAAGUCUCCUGUGGUUUUCUGUCCUCGAUCUGUCACCUGGAGUCUCAUUUAAUAGGUGGCCCAUUGGACACAGUGUUCAUCUGUUUGCACUAAACUUACCACAUUUUAAUGGUCCA